AUGCUUGAAGGAGCGUUGUCAGGCGUUCGUUGUGAAGGCGGCGUACAGGUCGCUUCAGCCUCUGUUUCUGCUUCAGCUUCAAUUUCCGUUUGCAUUUCCGUUUCUGUUUAUCCUUCUGCCUAUUUCCGAUCAGGCCAGAAGCCAGAUAAACCGAGGGAACAUGUGGGCCAACGAGGCGAUAGCGAGAGGAAAGACGGCGAAAGGAGCGCAAAAAGAGUGUGUAUCAUCGUAAGCACACUGGCCGGCGAGGUGAUGCUAAAACAACUCGGCAAGCUGUACCAGCCAAAAGGCUCUCUGGAGGCUUGUCUGGCUGGAGCCAGAAGUCUCGAGGAAAGACGUCGUAAAAGAGUGGCAAACGGGUGUGAUGAUUGUGACGGGUGUGACGCGUGUGACGAUUGUGACGGGUGUGAUGGGUGUAACGAGUGGGACGGGUGUGAUGGGUGUGACGAGUGGGACGAUUGUGACGGGUGCGACGAGUGGGACAAGUGUGACGAUUGUGAUGGGUGUGACGAGUGGGACGGGUGUGACGAUUGUGACGAGGGCUUUGAGGGCUUGAGGGACCGGAUGGCCCUGGAGAUGAAAUGGGAAACGGCACCAAACCCACCCACCCACUCGCAUACACACAAACACACACACACACACACACACACAUGGGGUAUUGUGGACAAACGCAGCAGCAAGGAGGGGUGGUGUAAAGUGAAAGAGGAGGAAUGUCACAAUCGGCGCUGCCUGUCGGCGCCAAUUGGCAACGCCGAGGCUGAUCGAGAGGAUGGCAACGGCAGACGACGCUGUACGAAAAAGCUCGGACCAGGUCAGGCCGGAAAGGACACCGUCUCGCCGGUUGCCGCCGGAGCUAAUGGAGGAGUGGCGAUGCACAUGUUCGAGCUGAUUUAG